AUGUCGCAAGAUCAUGCUCAACUUGAUAGCAAAGUCAUCUGCCACCAUAUAUAUCCCAUGGUACAAGCGAAUGCUACUAUUUGCAUAAAGGUAUUGCAAGGUUCCGUCGAGUCAGCAUACGGGUACAAGGUUUCUUACAAGAAGGUUUGGCAUGCAAAGCAGAAGGCAAUUGCCAAAAUUUAUGGUGAUCGGGAGGAGUCAUACGACCAGCUCGAAGAUAUUUCAACGAACUACAAGCUUUCAUUCCAACUAACCUUGUUAAUUGAAACCUUCAAGCACUGCAUGCCCCUUGUAUCAGUGGACGGAAUACACUUGUAUGGAAAAUACGCAAGGACCUUGUUGAUGGGUAUAGCGCAAGAUGGGAAUAACAACAUCCUACCCAUUGCUUUUGCAAUUGUCAAAAGGGAGAACACUGAUUCGUGGUUCUUUUUCCUAUCGAAUCUAAAGAGACAUGUAACGACUCAACCAAGGAUACUGCUUAUCUCUGAUCGACAUGCAGCAAUAAAGGCUGCUUUAGAGCGGGCUGGGUGUGGAUGGAAACACAAUGUGUACUGUGUGAGACAUAUUGUCUCUAACUUUGCAACAAGUUUCAAGAGCAAGGAAGCAAAAAGGCACCUAGUCAACGCGGCGUAUUCUAAGACACAAGAGCUGGCACAGUACUACAUUGAGUUAAUUAGCAGCGAGGAUCCGGUCACAUCUCCAUGA